AAAUGCCUGGAAGGCUGAACUUGGCCCAUGUCUGACAAAUGCACUCUUGCUCUGUCUUUGGAAGAAGCAGGCUGCCUCGGGUGAGAAGCUAGGCCGCAGCCUCCUUCUUGUUGCUAUGACAACCACCACACACUGAGCCUCAGGACAGGCUGCUUCCUCAGGAGAGAAGACAGCAUUCAUACUUCUGGACCGAAAGGCCGCAAGUUUGCAUUGGGGGAGCGGAGAGAGUUCGAAACAUGCAAAUGAAACAUGGAUGCGGGUUCUUCUGUACCAUUUUCUGUUAAUAAUGAGGCGAGCAAUGCAGCAUCUGUCAUUCAGAAAGCCUGGAAAAGAUGGCAGGAUAUGGCAGUGUUUGACUACUAUAAAGGAUUAAUAGGUUUUAAGCAACGUGGAAAACCUUCUAGUCUGAUGAGAUACAUUGAACCUAGAGAGGCAGAAUACUUAGAUGCUGCAGCAGGGAUUCAUAUCCGAUUCAGACUAGGUGGGCUAAAGUUUCCUCCAAGUAUAUAUUACAAAAUAUUCACCCAUAGACCUAUUGUAGAUCUGUGUGCCUAUAGUCCUAAAGACUAUGCGAAACUUGCACUCAAAACCAGAGAAGAAAGAAAGCGCCAGGGGAAAAAUGACAAGGAUCACAGCAACUGGUACAAACGUAUUGAGAAUAAUGGAUGGAGACUUCUUUCCCUCAGGUUCUGGAAGGUUAUGGAUUCUAUAACUAGUGAAGACAAUAACAAAACAAAAGAAUUCCAGUAUUCCAAAUUGAUGAGGAAACAAGAAAUAGAAAAAAGAAGGAAAAGGAAGAAAAUAGAAUGGCUGAAAAAAAUGUACUUUGGACAAAGCCUUCAAGUCAAUACUCCGGACCCACUUACAACCCUCUUAGUUCAAAGAGCUACAGAAGGGUUGAUUAGCAGUCUAGAUAAAGGAAUAGAUAAAGUGAUGGAAUGGGAAGUGGAUGAAGUGCUAAAAUGGACAAAUGCGCUCAACUAUGAAAACUAUAUAAAAGAAUGGAGGCAGAUUGGAACAAGCAAGGUUUCCGAGGGAUAUCGAGGUUUCCAGUUUUCUGAACGAUCCCAUGAUCUUUCUCAGUUACCACAGAAACUCCAGGAAAUUGUGCAUUCUCGUAUGACUUAGACAAACAAGAACGAGCAAACAUCCUGAAUUGCUUAAGAAUAAUUGUAGUGGAGUAACACACAGUCUCAAUUUCAGUAACAUUAAAAUAAAGCAUUGGGAAAUAAAAAAAUGAGAAAACUGACAUAACUUUCA